GAAAAGGACAACAGGAAGUAAAUGUUGUCCGGUCAGGGGCUGUCACACGGAGCAGCAUAGACGCUAUGUAGUAGCUUAUUUUCGUAACCGUGUAGAUAAAUGACUUUCUGUGUUAAAUGGGAGGAAGUCUACCAUUCGUACAUUAACUGUAUUUUAUUAUAAAAGCAUUAAGCUCUUCGGGGAUUCCGUCUUCAGUGCUAGAGAGCUAACGCCGGGGCUAGCUGCUGAAGUUAGCGUGUUCAGCCGGCUAGUCUCAGGCUGCCGCUGUACGCCAGGAGGGAGGAAAUAUCCGAAAUGAGUGGCUCUAUUACGGGGUACCGACCUGCUUAACCGACCUUUACAUCAGGUAUGUUGUUGCUGGCCUUUGAUUCUUUAAUAAUGGUGAAAGACGCUUUUUAAAUUAGGUAUGCGCUAUAGUGCUGGUGAGUCUUUGUGACCAGAGCAGUAAAUGGGAAUUGACAGUGAGGCUGCUGGUCAGAAUCCGUUCAUAUACCCUGACACUGGUCGUGUCAUGAGAGUGUUUCUAUAAUAGAUUAUGGUUAAUAAACCGGUUGACUUACAGGUGAUGAAAAAUGGUAGCCACCAUCAUCAUCAGAUGACUUUUACAGACGUUGAAAAGCCCGACAUACCGGUUGUCAAAUGGUUAUCACAUGAUGAGUGUUUUUUUUCUUCUCUACCAUAGAAACGUUUCCAUCAGCAGGAUCAGUUAGUACUCAUCGUAAUACUCUCUGUUCCCUGUCGAAAGUGCUACUCAUCAGUUUCAGGGCAGGGUGAAAAAGGUCUCUGGUACUUUCCUUAAGUGUUUUUCAAAUUGUGAAAUGGGCAGCUGUGGAUGAUUACUCGGAUUUACUCUGACAGUUUGGGGUUUUUUAAUGUUUCUUUGUGCUGUUUGCCCUUGAUUCUGACUUACAGAUGUUAAAAAACGAAGGAUCUUACUUUGUUCUUGUUUUUUUUCUAGAGUUAAACAUCCAUAAUGAAACAAGGAAACCUGUGAACUGCUCAGGUUCUUAGGCUGUUAUCAGAUCUCUCAAACGCAAGCAUAUUGUUUUCAGCAGAAAGUAUGAGUGUGGAUCAUUGACAGACUGUAUAAUGCAAGAGGACUAAAAAGAAAAUUGUGCAUACACAAACAUGUUUUUAUUUUACUUAACCAGACAGACAACUCAGAUUAAACAUCUCUUUCGCAAUAGUAUCCUGGCAACAGUUCAAUCAGUUAUACAAGCUGAUGAUACAAAUACACAAGGGAGGCUUCAAAUGCACAUGUGAUUAAGAAGGUGCAAAAGCAAACAGCUUCCUCAGUAGUUAUUAAUAAUGACCUUGCAGAGUUUUUAGAAAAAUAUAAAUAUCUAGGGGCACACAUUAAAAUGAUAUUCAAAUACCAGUGACAUUUACAUAAAAGAAUACAGCAAUUAUAGUAAAUGUGGAAGUUGGACAUAGAAUGGGUCUUUUCGUUUCCAGCUCUCUGUCUUAGUCACUGCGGCUCAGGUGGCUCAGUGGGUCAUCUGUCAGUCAGCAGGUUCCUUCACCGUUUGAGUCUACCUGCGGAAGUGUUCUUGGGCACUGAAUCCAGAGUUUUCUGUGUCGCAAUGAGGAGCACAAGAGGUAAGCUCUGAGGUCUCGGAGCCAUGAACUCAGUUUCCCCGAGUGCAGCACAAUACGUAGGGGGAGUCAUGCAAGAUGAGCUGGUGGACAGGGGGAGGCAGCAGCAGCCGAUGGAGCGGCAGGGCAGCUUUGGAGUCAGGCCUCCACAAACUCAAGGUGCCAGCAGAGAAGCCGCCGGGGAGCUUGACGAGAUGGACAAACUCAAGGCCAAACUUAUGUCAGCGUGGAAUAAUGUCAAAUAUGGCUGGACUGUUAAGUCUAAAACCUCCUUCAACAAGAUGUCUCCUGUGACUGUCCUGGGUCACUCCUAUCUGCUUAACAGUGAAGAUGAGGUGGAGCGGUUCCGCCUAGCGUUUGUGUCCAGGAUCUGGUUGACCUAUAGGAGAGAGUUCCCUCAGCUGGAGGGCUCCACCUGGACAACAGACUGUGGUUGGGGCUGCAUGCUGCGCAGUGGGCAGAUGCUGCUGGCACAGGGGCUCCUGGUUCACUUGAUGCCCAGAGACUGGGUUUGGCCAGAGUCUCAGCAGCUUACUGAUGUGGACUUUGAGGUAUUCCGUCCACGUUCCCCAGCCCGGGCUGGAGGGGUCCCAAUACCCUCCUUUGGCUCUCCACGAGGUUCCAGCACCCCUGAGAAAUCCCUGCCAAGCAGUCAGGCACCUAGAUGCAGCCAGAAGAAAAAGGUCUACGAGUCCACAAAGGACAGGCAAGAGCACAUCCACUCCAGGCUUGUUACCUGGUUUGGGGAUCAGCCCCCAGCACCUUUUGGCGUUCACCAGCUGGUGGAUAUUGGCAAAGGUUCGGGGAAGAAGGCUGGUGACUGGUAUGGCCCCUCUGUAGUGGCACACAUACUGCGGAAAGCAGUGGACAAAACAUCUGUGGUCACAAACCUGGCUGUAUAUGUGGCUCAGGAUUGUACAGUGUACAAAGAAGAUGUGGUGCAUCUGUGUGAUCGGUCACUGAAUCAGACUUCUUCCGAUCCGUCCAGUCAGGACUGGAAGUCUGUUAUCAUACUGGUCCCUGUCCGGCUGGGAGGGGAGGCCCUCAAUCCAUCCUACAUCGAUUGUGUCAAGAACUUCCUGAAACUGGAAUGCUGUAUUGGAAUAAUCGGAGGCAAACCAAAACAUUCGCUGUAUUUCAUUGGUUUCCAAGAUGAGCAGCUGCUGUAUCUGGAUCCUCACUACUGCCAGCCAGUGGUCGAUGUCAGUCAAGUUAACUUCUCACUGGAGUCGUUCCACUGUAGCUCUCCUAAAAAGAUGCCCUUCAACCGCAUGGAUCCGAGCUGCACCAUCGGUUUCUACGCCAAGAACAAGAAGGACUUUGAGUCUCUAUGUUCUGCUGUCAGUGAGGCUCUGUCAUCGUCGAAGGAGAAGUAUCCUGUCUUCACCUUUGUGGAGGGCCACAGUCAGGAUUAUGGACUUGAGGGUCACAGCAGCAAUCACAGUGGACCUCCAGCUCAUAUCCUGCCUCCAGGGAGACUAGGCAGAAGCAACAACAGAAGAAGCAGUGAAGAGUUUGUCUUCCUGUAAAGCUCUGAGGACGAUGCUCUCCCAUCUGUAGGGGGCAGAAGUGGACACUCGAUUGCCUUUAAAAGACUUUAUUCUGUCGAUGCUGCAGCUGCAAGGCGGGCACAACUCUUUUGUGCUUUGUCUUCCUCACUGGUCAACACGGCUGCUGUCAUCACCUCUGUGUGGGUGGCGUUAUAAGCUAACAGGCAUUAGUGACUACUGGCUGGAGCACUGCUUUACCUGACGAAGGUGACUUCAAAAUGGAUAGAAACGUUUUCAAGUACUUGAAAUGUUCUUGGUUCAUUUUAUCAGACGACGUCAAAAAAAGCCUCAGUGGUGUCUGCAUCAUCUUUAAUUGGCUCACUCGUCUGCCUGAUAUUGUUCAUGACUUGUAUUAUAUCACAUUCCCUCUGCUGAAUAUUUUUUUAAAUUUUUAUUCUUUAAAUUAAUUUAUCAGAUUUAAGAAUGUGUGUUUUGUGUGCGAGUGAGUGUUUUGUUAGUGUAAUUUAUUUGUCUUUUAAAUUGUGUUAAGGAUUGUGCCGUGUCACAUCCCAGAGAAAUUUCAGAUUCUUCCACGAGCGUCUUGAACAGCUGUAAAUUCAUUUUUAGACCUCGUGGUCUCAAGCCCAUGCACUUUCAGCUCUGACUCUUUAUUCAUUAAGGAUAUGAAAAUCUGCAAGAAAUCUGCUGUUACAUUGUUCCUGCUGCUUAAAGAACUAAAGGUCAGGUAUAAAGAAAAACAAUGCCUAAAGUUGGAGAUGACUUUUGUAUUUUUGCCUGUCAAACUGUGGCUUAAAUCAUUCCCGCUAUACUAUUAUAUAAACAUGUUUGCAAAGUAAAACACCCAGCUCUUACUUAUGUACGUGUUCUAGAUUUUACCUUGCACAGCCAAGGUAAUGAGACAAACCGAAGCUGAAUGGAGAUCUUUUUUUUUUUUUUUUAAUUUAUUUUGUUGUUUGCUUGAUUUUCAGACUUCUGCUGCAGAGUCUCUGUGUUUUUGUUUGUCCCCUUUUUCUGUAAAAGCUACUACUGCAAGUUGCACUACUACUGUUAUUGAGUUUAUUGUCCUGAUUAAACUUCAGACACUGGAAUUACA